GGCACAUUGAGGCGCAGGAAUUGGCAAAGAGCAACGAGUCCAAAUAUUGCUCUUUACAGUCGUUACUACUCAACCUAAUACAGGAGGAAAAAGCAGUCGGUCGCCUGUGUCAGAGGACAAGUCAGAGGCAGCUAUGUCUUCAGCGGUGGAUCUCAAGACCAAGGAGGAGAAGGAUGCUGAGUUGGACAGACGGAUCGAAGCUGUGAGGAAGAAGAACGAAGCUCUGGUGAAGAGGUACCAGGAAAUAAAGGAAGACAAGCAAAAGGCAGAGCAGGAGGGCAUCGCCGUGACAACAGCCAGGAAACCCCGCCCCCAUGAGCCUGAGACGGACAGGAGGAAGGCGGAGAAAGACAACUUCACUGUCACAGUCGACCUUUCUAAGCCAACAGGGGACAAGAGAGCCGUGAACGAGUGGAAACCUGGAACGCCCCGCGGCCGGAAGACAUCAGAGGAGAGCGACGGCCACCGAGGGACGCCAAACGAUGGCGGACGAUGGGCGAACGACCGCGGCCACCGAGGAGGGCCAAACGAUGACGGCCGGUGGGCGAAUGAUGGCGGCCAAAGAGGAGGCGAGAACGACGGUGGCCAAAGAGGGUCGCCAAACGAUGGCGGCCGGUGGGUGAACGACGGCGGCCAAAGAGGAGGGCCGAACGACAGCAACCGGGGAGGGCCGAGUGAUGGUGAUACCCCCCCCAGGAGGACGAGUUCUGGGCGACUGGAUCGGGGAGGUCAGAGAGGAGGAGGAGGAGGAGGAGGAGGAGGAGGAGGCCGCCGCCAGGAGAGAAGAGAAUGGGAACCUCGCACACCCAAAGAUGGAGAACCUGGGGAGUCAGGAGGUCCGGGACGCAGAGGAGGAAGGGGAGAAGAAGAAGGAGGAGGAGGAGGGACACCAGGUGGCACGGACCGGAAAUCCAAGGAAUGGGAGGAGAAGAGGCGACAGAACAUUGAGAAGAUGAAUGAAGAGAUGGAGAAAAUAGCGGAGUAUGAGCGAGGACAGCGGCCGGAUGGAGACAAACUGAUCCGUAACUUCCUUGACGACCCAAGACGUUCAGGCCCGGCACCAGACAUAGACCGCAAAGAGGGCAGCAGGAGACACGUCCGGAACUGGGGAGGGCUGGACUUUGACAACGUGAAGACAAGGGCCGAACUGGAGAAAGAGUGGACAAGUCGAAGGCCCGGACCAAAGGGCUCCACGGACAUGACCAUGUCCAUGACUGGCCGGGAGAGAGCGGAGUACCUGUGCUGGAAAAAGGAGCGCGAGGAGAUUGACGAGGAGAGACUAGCGCGCCAUCGCAAUGCCACGGGCCAGUGGAAACGAGAGUGGGACGCACAGAAGACGGAGAACAUGUUCAAGGAGGACCCAUAUGUGUCCUCGGAGGGCAUCACACCCGAGCAAGGCAGCAGGAGAGCCCAGGGGCGUAACUCUCGUACAGAGCCUCAGGGCAGGGCCUCAGACGACGGCAAGCGACCUCCGAAAGCUUCGACAUUUGGUGACUUCCUGUCCCAGGGCAGGACCCCGGGGCAACGAGGCGACCGGGGAGGGGGGAGGGGCCGAGGACAGAAACCGAGCUACAGCAUGCACGAUAACCGCUGGGAAGGAGAAAGAGAAGAGGAGGAGGAGAAGGAGGAAAAAAUUAAGAGAGAGGAGAAGACUAAAAAGAAGGAGAAGGAGAAAGAAAAAGCCAAACCUCCCGCAGCACAGAAGGCAGAGCCGAAGAACUUAGAAGAUGAUGAUGAAGAAUGGGAGGAUGCCAGCGAAGGAGAAGACGACGACGAUGACGAAGGGAGCGAUUUGGAACACGACACCAGGGGCGAUGAGAAGAAAGACACCGGGAAGGAGAAGCCAGUGAAGAGCAAAGACAACUCCCCUACAUCUCCCCCACCUCGCGCUCAGCCGACAUCCACAGGAAGCCCCAAAGAUCAGAGGCCUCCCAGGCCGAAGGUCCACAUCCCACCCCCGGCAGCAGUUCAGGAGACCCCAGAGGGAGGCAAGCCCCUCAGCCCCUUCCUGCCCCUGGAGAGCCACCAGCCUGUGUCCGACUGGGGGGAGGAGAUGGAGAUGCAGUCACCCCGCAGCAGCAUGGGGGGUGAGAGCCCACUGAAACCCCCCAGCGUGGAGGCCAGCCCACCCCAGAAGAAGGAGGAAGAGGAGCAGACGAUGGAGAGCAAAGCUGUCGUCUCCAAUGAACCUGCUGAGCCACAGAAAGAGGAGGACACAGAAGACACUGAAGCCAAGCAGACUGUGAUGGUGUCAGAACCAGAGUCUGUUCCCACAGACUCCCCCGCUGCACCGCCAUCGGACCCCGCCCCAACUGAAGUUUCUUGCUCCGCCUUCUCUGAGGUCAGCGAGGCUACCGUGGCGAUAGAGCAGGAUACUACACCUGCUGCUCCAUCACAAGAGGACAAACUGGACGCCCCUCCCCCUACAGCCGCCCUGGAGGUUGACAGUAGCUCCUCUGAAGAGGAAGAAGAGGAAGAUGACGACAUGCCGGCUGCCGGGACCAACGUUGCUCAGACAGCAGAGGAAGUUGAGUCCUCGGAGUCAGAGUACUCGGAGUCAGAGUCCAAGGAACCAGAGUCCAAGGAGCCGGAGUCCAAGGAGCCGGAGUCCAAGGAGCCCGAGUCCAAGGAGCCCGAGUCCAAGGAGCCCGAGUCCAAGGAGCCCGAGUCCAAGGAGCCCGAGUCCAAGGAGCCAGAGUCCAAGGAGCCAGAGUCCACAGAUCCAGAGUCCACAGAUCCAGAGUCCAAGGAGCCAGAGUCCACAGAUCCAGAGUCCAAGGAGCCAGAGUCCACAGAUCCAGAGUCCAAGGAGCCAGAGUCCAAGGAGCCAGAGUCCACAGAUCCAGAGUCCAAGGAGCCAGAGUCCACAGAUCCAGAGUCCACGGAGCCAGAGUCCAAGGAGCCAGAGUCCAAGGAGCCAGAGUCCAAGGAGCCAGAGUCCAAGGAGCCAGAGUCCAAGGAGCCAGAGUCCACAGAUCCAGAGUCCAAGGAGCCCGAGUCCACGGAGCCGGAGUCCACGGAGCCGGAGUCCACGGAGCCGGAGUCCACGGAGCCGGAGUCCAAGGAGCCGGAGUCACCACCGCCAUCCUCAGGGCUAAAGUGA